UUGUCUUGUGAAGUGGAAAGCCCACAACCAUUUUUAGUGUUCCUUCCUUCCUAUUGAGGUGGGAGAAGGGAGGGAGAAGUGGGGGAUAAACCUUUACUAUAAAACAACACCCUUAGAUUAAGUGCUUUUUUUAGCUUCAAAUAAACCAACCCACACUCCUUUCUUUCCCUUCCUCCUCCGAGAAAGGUUACAUAUAGAUAAGGCCACCCUCACAAGGACAAGGGAAGAGAGAUAAAGAGGGAAAAGAGAUGAUAAUGGCUGCCUGGAGAGCUAUCUCUGCACUGGCAUUAGCAUCCGUUCUUCUGGCGGAUGCUGACGAUACACAUGCAGGAGCAGUUAAGUUUGGAUAUAGUGGAUCAAAUAGUCCUGACAAAUGGGGGAGCUUGAGCCCUGACUAUCGAAUGUGCUCAAAAGGAGAACGCCAAUCUCCAAUCAACAUCGAAAAGAGUAAAUUGGCUUAUAACCCGGGUUUGGAAGCUCUGGAGAGGAAUUAUGUUCCUGCAAGUGCCACCCUUGUUAACAAGGGCUACCAAAUUGGGCUGCUAUUUGACAAAAAUGUGGGGACUGUGCUGGUAGAUGGAAAGAACUACAGCCUGAAAUCUGUGCAUUGGCAUUCACCUUCUGAGCACACCAUUGAUGGUAAACGAUUCCCCGUAGAGCUUCACAUGGUCCACAUGAGUGACAAUGGUAAAAUUGCUGUGGUGGCAAUUCUGUAUCAGAUCGGCCGACAUGAUCCUUUUGUUGUCCAGAUAGAGAGGAAGCUGAAGGAAUUGGCCAAGGAGGCUUGGAAAGGAGAUAAAGAGGCACACAUUCCAGUUAGAGUUGUGCAUACAAGGUCCCUAAAACUCCACAGCAGCAAGUAUUACAGAUAUUUUGGAUCCCUCACCACACCACCAUGCACCGAGAAUGUCAUCUGGAGCAUCCUUGCAAGGGUGAGAGGGAUGACCGAGGAACAAGUAGCUGCACUGCAAGCACCACUGAGUCAGGAGAACCGAAACAAUUCGAGACCCAUACAGCCAUUGAAUUACAGGGCUGUGCAGCUCUAUCAUGAGUCAAGAAAACAUAAUGAAGACUCUCACUAAUCAUAUGAUGAUUAUAAUGUUGUGAGACAUAACAUGCAGCAUUAAACACACAAGGGUGCUAUAUCUACGUCGACCGGAAUCUUCUUUGUGGAUUAGCUUGUAUUUGGUUCUUGCAUGGACUACUCUUGGAAUGAUGCACAAGUGUUAAACCAUUUUGAUCCAAAUGGAUUAAUAGCUCUUGAUCUGCAGCUCUUUUGUUGUCAGUAAUAAAGCGUCUGUGGGGAUUUGUU